AUGAAGAAUUUUGCCUCAAUUCUCUCCGAUCCUCAAUUAUUGAAAAAGGAGUACUUUCAGACAGAUUGGGCACAGAGUGUUAUUAAUGCCAUUCAGGACUAUUCAAAGAUGUGCCUCUCACCUUGUACUAGAGGAUCAUCGUUGGCUAUGAAAAGGAAAAAGGGAAUUUUCGAGAGAAUGUCAUCGAGGAGUACGGAGGAAGAUCAGGAACAAAAGGAGUACUACUCUAUUAAUUCUGUUAGUUCUAUUGAAUUAGACUUGGAUGAUGAAGAAGAGGAAGAAGAGGAUGAGUUGAAUACAAUUGAACAUUUGGAAAUUCAAAAGUCGUUAAUGAAUAGAGACAAGUUGAGAGUCAAGAUUAUUGUAACAGAAAUUACAGAUUCUGCAGGAACUAAGGCUAUUAGACAAAUUCUCAGCCCUCUCUUAUCAAAAACCAAAUUUUUACCUGAUAUGGGAAUGUUUCACUCUGCAAUAAUGGUAGGUCCGUGGAAAUUGGAAUGGAACGACUCGGGUCUGUGUAUUCCUAAACAACUUGUAUCAACAAAUGCCUUAAUUGCGUGCGACCUUACUGAAGACAUGACUCUCACUGGAUCGAAUAUAGAUGAAAUUGCUGGAAAUCUUGUUGAUAUUAUUAUCAAGUGGAAUACCACUGUAGAAUAUGAGAGUGUUGGAGGAGAUGGAGUGAAAAGUGGAAACUGUCAACAAUUUGUGGAUGCUGUUUUAGAAACUAUUGGAAUUAAUAAGAGUAAUAUUUAUAAAGGAGCUAUGGGAAGUUAUUUUGAAAGAUUAAAAAAGAAAGGAAAGGGAAAUAUGAAAUUUGUACUGGAGGAAGAAUUUAAAAAGAGGUUUAACAUUCCAACGACUCAAAAAUCUGUUAAAUUUAAAACUCACUGUGAAUUGGAUCAGUUUGUUUUACAGCUUUUAGAUAUUGAUCCAUUGGCAGAUAAAAAUUACCCAAAUGAAUUCAAAUUACUGAAAUCAUUUGAUCGUGCCUUUUGGUUGAGACACUUGUCAGGUAAAAAAUCAAUGGCUGAUCCAAGGUGGCAACCCUAUCGUGAAGAGGAACCAUCUUUUGAUGGAGUUGCACUGGUAUUGAAAUGUCAUUUUGGAGAUCCAAGAGAAAGGUUCUCAUUUGUAUAUGAAUCAAAAUAA